CGCGACCAAGAAAACGCAAGCCGAGUCAAAAGGUGGUAGAAGCCGCAAGCUUAAAUGACGAAACAAGCGGAGGAAAGCAUGCCAAUAAAAGACCAAAAAGCAACAAGUCAAAGUCGGGAGACGUUCGAACACCCAAACCUAAGGAACUGCAAAAUAGUGUACAAGGCGAAAAGAUAAGAAAUAUAAUGAGCAGGAGAAGGUUCCCAGAGGAUGACCUCGAGGUUUCCAGUGUUUCGGCCUCUGCCUCAUCAUCCACUUCACGCCCCACUAAUGCUUUACAACCACUUAAACCCCCAUCUAAUACUCCACAACAACUCACAACCCCUCCGCAUCAAUCUAAUACCCCACGACCACUCACACCCCUUUCGCGUCAAUCUAAUAACCCACGACCACACAAACCCCCUCCGCGUCAAUCUAAUACAACACAACCACCAGCAUAUCCUCCGCGUCAAUCUUAUGCCUUACAACAAACCACACCGCUACACACUUAACAACCACUCCGGCCCACUCCACGUCGUCCAUCAGACACCCCACAACCAUUCACACCCCCCUCCACGCCCAUUUGAUGACUUGCGUCCACUUUCAUCCACUCCACGCCAAUCCACAACCAGACCAAAGUUUACUCCGUUCACACACACCACGUCACAGUUUACUUCAUCUUAUUCUUUGCAAGCCACUAAUACUUUAAUGCGAACAGCACUUAAUGCAUCUAAUAAUUGGCAAGUCAAUUCUUCAAUAACUGGCGAUUCUAACCUAUCACUCGAAUACGACACUCCUGAUCCAUUAAUUACUAACUCCUUUUCCAGUUAUUCCGCUAUGUUGGAAGAUGAGCAACCCAACAACUGGGAAACAUUCGCUCAUAGCACUACUUCUGCCAUCCAAGACCUCAAGGCAGAGGUCGAAACACUUAAACAAGAGGUCAAAAACCUGAAAAGAAAACUAAAGGUUAACAAAGAUGUUCCUGCAGAGGAUCAACCCAGUCCAGUGUCACAACAAAAGCAGAAAAUUAAGUACCUCUCAAAGCCCCUGGAAGGGAUGAAAAGGCUCCUCUCAGACCUCUUCACCGAAGAAGAACUCAUGCGGUGUACUCUGAAGGGGAAGGGGAGGUCCAGGGAUGUCCUGGACAGCAACAAGCUGCAGAUGAUUUAUGGUGCAAUGAGAGGAAAUUAUGGGAUGACAGAUGAGAAAGUGGACCAGCUGAUUAGAAAUCAGCAAAAAUCCUUAAAAGACAAAACCAAAAAAAGUCUUCAGUACAGCUAAGUGAAAUUUCCAUUGUCUGUGUAAAAUGUUCGCUUUAGAGGUUUUUUUUAAUCAUAGAGAUAUAUUAGCUUGCCUAGCACUUUUUGUUGUAUACCAACUUUUUGUCGAAUCUGGUUUUGUCUUUUAACGAUUUUUGCUGAUUUCUAUAACGUUAUAGAAGGCACUGUUCACGUUGUAUCCGAAAAUUAUAAAGUUGAUAUCAAAUAUAUAAAGAUAUAAAGUUGAUUAUUAAAUUUUGAGAUAAUUGUAAUUUAGUUCUGUAUUAUAAAAAAUUACAUUUCUUGCUGGAAAAUAUUGCUAGCUACUUGUAAUAAAUUAACGGAUAUUCAAGAAAGUCGUAUGAUAUUCUGCAAAAUGACAAUAUAUCGCAAAAUAAAAUAUAUAUCGCAAAAUAAAAUGUUAUUGUCGACAACAAUAACCUAAAUUUCCUACAAUUCCGAAAAAUCUCAUAAUAUCCGAUUAUGUAUUCACUAAAAUCCAAGAAAAUUCCGAAAAAUCUCAAAAUAUCCGAUUAUGCAUUCACUAAAAUCCAAUAUUGCCUAAGAAUAUCGCACUUUAUUGCAAAAGAAAUGUAAUGUAUUUGAGAAAAACCUUAGGAUCAAAACGAAUAAACAGUAAUGGCGGACUCUCGUUGUUUAUUGCUGUUACCCAGAAAACCUUGCGGUCAUACAAACAGGAAUCCCAAACAUUACAUACUGCCCCACCCAAGUUUACAACUAAAAGAUACUUGCUUGCUGAGGCCAGUAAAACUAUCAAAUUUAUACACACAACAUGUCAA